CCGCUCUUCUCCCUGUUCUCGCCGUGGCCGCUCUUCCAGCCAAACGUGAUGGCGUAGUGGACCUAACAUCGCAGCUCAACGAGGCUGCAACGGAUCCGGGGGCACUGGCAACCCUGGAAUCUGAGAUCAUGGCUCAAGGAACGGCGGCAGCUACAUUGCUCCCAGAGCUGUCAGCCUUCGUUUCGUCUGCAGAAGCCUCUGCAAUCUCUUCUUUUGAAGCCGUGGUGGGCCCCAGCCAGACGCAACUAACCGCCUUCUUCACCACGGUGAGCGGGACACCUUUGAUGGAAAUUUCAUCCAUAGGUGGCCCUGCAGUCACUCUGGCCCCAACAGGCGGCGUCACGACUACCUUUGCGGGGUUCACCGUUACCGCAGUGCCACCCAAGAAGAACGGCGCUCCGGCUCUCAGUAUCUCGAGACCGCUCAUGGGGGGAAUGAUUGGCGCACUGGGGGUGGUUGCUGGCGGAGCAUUCAUGAUCCUUUGAGUAGCCUCACCAUCCUAUACGAGUACUGACUGUAUGGAAAGGCCGCAGCAGGCUGUGUUUGUAGUCGUGCAUUUGAUCUCCUU